CUCUGCAAGAGUAUCCCAGGCAUAUUAUAAACAUAUCUGUACUGCUGUAAUACAUUUGAUAAGGAUGAAAGGAGUUCAGAAAUCUGUGUUCUUGAUUGUAUUGGUGCUUGCUAGUGUUACAGUAGUGGUGAGGAGUGCUUUUAUGAUAUGUGAUAUAAAUGCUGAUGACUUGAAGCCUUGCCAGUCUGCAGUAACACAGCCGCCUGAAAAGCCUAAAGAUAGCUGUUGCAAUGUCCUCAAAACUGCCAAUCUUACAUGUUUCUGUGAAUUUGGGCGUAAUAAUCCCACUCUGCUCAGCCUCAUGGGUAUUGAUCCAGAUUUGGCCAGAGCUCUGCCUGCAAAAUGCGAGUUAAAUGGUCCUGCUGAUUGUUAAGGAGAACAUCUGGGUAAUAAGGCCUUCUGAGGCCAAGUGAUUGCAAAAUAUCUGUGUGCUAUUAAUGUGUAAGAAAAUAUUUUAGAACCUCCAUAGGUACUUUUAAGCUUGGACUCAUAAGUAUAUGAGUCAUUUGGUUUCAUUUCAAAGUGGGUUUCAAAGUGAGCCCAUCGGUCAGUGUAUUUGCUUUGAUUACAGUGUGGAUUUUACUUUGUCUUGUAGAGAUCUAUUGAAAUAUCAAAUGGCUUUGAGAGUUAAAACCCAUUUAACUGUCAAGCUUUGUUA